CAACCCCUCUUGUUUCAUUUUCAUCUUAAAUUCAUUUCUCAGCUUCUUCGUGCUUUUGAUUCAGAUAUCGCAUUUUCGUCUGGUUUGAUUUUUGGGAUUUUUUCUGGGCUUGAAUUUGAGGGUUUCAGUAAAGAGGGCUACCCGAAGAGCACUCAGAUUUUGGUUACGCUUUCUUGAAUCUGUUGUAUCACUUUACUCACAAUGCCUGGAGCAGUUAUCAAAAAGAAGGCUACAAAGACUCACUCUGGCCACCGAGAGCACAAGACCCCUAAAAGGAUACCUCAAUCUAGCCACCAAGUGCACGAGACCCCUAAAAGAAUACCUCAAUCUAGCCGCCAAGGGCACAAGCCCACUAAGCCGAGAACUCACUCUGGCUACCGAGCGCACAAGUUUGAGAAGGAAAAUUGUCGAAAGCCAUACUGGUGUGAUGGAUGCAAGGAGUCGGGUUAUAGAUCAAGAUACAAACGUGACAACGUUGAACUCCAUAGGGAAUGCUUGUUCCCCUCCCCCACAACUUCCCAUGACUUUUUUCCGGGAUACACCUUCAAAUUCCUCAAAAAAACGCCAGGAGAGGAGGAGCGAUUUUGUGAUGCAUGUGGAAUGGGUGUAAAAGGCUUUGUUUACCACUGUGAAGCGAAGGGGUGGGAUUUGCAUCCAUUUUGCAGCAACCUCAAGAAUGAAAAGGAAAUUGAUGGUGUGAAAUUCCAGCUGUGCAAUAAGGUGCCAAAAAAAAGGUGCAUAUUUUGCAAGAAGAAGGAGCUUCCAAAUGGUGUCCGGGGCAUCCCAGGUUGGUCUUAUGUGUCCAAGACCGAAAAUGACAAUUGCCAUUUUCAUGUGAAUUGCUCAAUGAAAUGGGUCAUCGAUAGCUGGAAGGAUAUUGAGCAACAAGAUAAUAACCGUUUGACGCUAAAGAAUUUGUCACUAACAGAAUUAAAAGCUGAUUCGAUUAAAAGAGAUGGAAAAGUUUCGAAGUAUUUGCGGAUAGCGAUGUUGGUCUUAAGGUGCACUGCAAGUUUACUUUUUGGGGAUCCCACCCAAUUACUUUUUUACCUUCCCGAUUUCCUGUCUUCCCUCAGGUAGGGUACUGCCGCUAGUGUUCCAGGUAUGCUCUAAUAAGCACCGUAAUGGAAUACCUAUUACAUUCCAUACUGCUGUUCCUCUCAAAAAAGAAGCCAAUGCAAAAAAGAAUCAAGUUUGUUUGCUUGUUUUUUUCCCUCAAUUAAACCGUGUUAUAUGGAACAACAUAUUGUCAAAUUAUUAUAUAGUUAUUAGCCUCUAAGCACACACUCAUGCCUAUGCUUAGAGGUUGUUCUUUUUA